UGCUGGAACAAAACAUAAUAAAAACAUCAGUCCCUGCCCUUAAAGAAUUAGGGAAUAGAGAUCCCCUCACAAGGGGGUAGCCCUCACAAGUAGCUACUAUAUACAAAAUAUAGCUUGAUUAGAUGGUUUGAAAAUAAAGUGGUGCUACAAGAAAUCUGAAGGUAAAAGUUGUUACCAACCAAAGGAGUUAGAAAAGCUUCAAGAAGUGACAAGGAAAAAUUGUAGGCUUGAGAACAGCCUUUACUAAUGUAACAAAUAUACAACUGCUACACUACACUCACUCACAAAGCACCCUUAUUUAUAAACACAAAUUUCUUUUGUGUACAUAGAGUAAAUAUUCAUACAUCUUCCAUGUAUAUAUAUAGUAACCACCUUAUACACACACACAUACAUGUUACACACACAGUUCUCUUACUGCACACACGUACUACUCCUAUAUGUAUAAUAUAGCUUCCACACUGCAUAUACACAUGCACUCAGAACAAUCAGAUGCAGCAUUCACAGAACAUAGCUCCUACUCUAUACCUACACAAUACAACUUCUACAAAUAGCAAAUGCAUGUAAACACAGUUCCCAUAUUUUGCAGAGAAAGAACUCCAUGUUGGAGACAAUACACAUACAUAAAGCUUCCAGUUCUAACCAUCAAUACUUCGAAAAGUUAGGGGGGCUACCGCUUCCCGCUCUUGGCUCCUUUCUGUUCCUUUUCAUCCAUGCUGCCUGGGAAGCCUCCAGAAACUUUCUUCAGGCGGGAAAAAGGUUUGACACCUUGAACUCCUCAGCUGUCCGCCUCUGGCACAACCAGGGAAUAAGAAUUUUUCUCAAAUUGCAGUCCCCACCCCCUCUGCCACACACGUACUCCUAACCUGAUCUCUAUGUCCCUACAUCUUCAGUCCUGCCUUUUGGGAAAGAGAAAAGGCUAUCUGGCUCCCCACAAGACCGCGGAAAAUAAGGCCACCUGGGGCUAUCCAUGAUUCAGGGAAAAGGUUUGAUGGGAGGGGCCACGGCAAAGGGAAGUGGGCUGAGGCACCUGUGGGGUUCACGGUAGACUGGAGCGGACUCCUUUGGGGAAGAGAGUCAGUUGAGCGCUGAAGUGGGGGUAUAGGCGGUGGUCGCCAUGACGCCCAGGCUGAGUGCAGGAACCGCGGCUGUAGCUGCGGCUGCCGCAGCAGCAACAACGGCGGAGGAGGCUGCUGGAAGGGUCUGUGGGGAUCCAGGAGCUGUCCCUUCAGCACUACCCGCCUAGCCAGGCCUGGCCCUCAGAUUCCUCCAGCCCCGGGAGAAAGGAUCUUCUAAUCUCCCGCUGCAGCCCACACCCACAGAGACUGACUGACUGAGCGGGCAGCUCCAGCCUCCACAGAGGGAGCGGCUCUUGCUGCGGGGAGAGAGGGAAGUGGGUCUGGGGUCGGGGGUGAUUUCCCAACAGCCAAGGCCAAGGGGCAACCUGUCACCCCUGGACACGAUCAGCUGGCAGUUCUUUGAUCACCCAAGCCUGAAAGACAAGCAGGAGACAUCGCUCUGGAUCUUCCUGCUAGAUACACACACACACACACACACACACACACACACACACACACACACAGACACGCGCACACAGACACACACGAACAUCCAGUGGACAGCAUCAGCAACAGCAGGAGCAGCAAUGCUAAGAAGGUGGUCUGGGAAGUUUCGCACUUGGAUCUCCAACCGAUUCCUGAGACUGCAGGUGUAGCUCCCCGCCAGUGUCCCGGGUCUCCCCAAGAUGACGGGCCAGAGCCUGUCGGAUUUAUCCGAAGCCAACUUUGAGGAUUGCGAGAUCAGCGUCAAUGUUGGGGGUUUCAAGAAAAAGCUGCGCUCUCACACGCUGUUGCGCUUUCCAGAGACCCGGCUGGGCCGCCUCCUACACUGCCGCUCCAAGGAGUCCAUCCUGGAGUUGUGUGAUGACUAUGACGACGCGCAGAACGAGUUCUACUUUGACAGGAACCCGGAGCUCUUCCCCUACGUCCUGCACUUCUAUAACACAGGCAAACUACACGUGAUGGGAGAGCUCUGCGUUUUUUCCUUCAGCCAAGAGAUAGAGUACUGGGGGAUCAACGAGUUCUUCAUCGACUCCUGCUGCAGCUACAGCUAUCAUGGAAGGAAGAUGGAGCCCGACCAAGAGAAGUGGGAUGAGCAGAGUGACCAGGAGAGUACCACCUCCUCCUUUGAUGAGAUUUUGGCCUUCUACAAUGAUGCAUCUAAGUUUGAUGGACAGCCCUUGGGUAAUCUCCGGAGACAGCUAUGGUUGGCCCUAGAUAACCCUGGCUAUUCAAUUCUGAGUAGGGUAUUCAGCAUUCUUUCCAUCAUGGUGGUAUUAGGCUCCAUUGUCACCAUGUGCCUCAACAGCCUUCCUGACUUUCUGAUCCCGGAUAGCCAAGGCAACCCGGAGGAAGACCCCAGGUUUGAAAUUGUGGAACACUUUGGGAUUGCUUGGUUCACUUUUGAGUUAGUGGCCAGAUUUGCUGUGGCCCCAGAGUUCUUCAAAUUUUUUAAGAAUGCACUAAAUUUGAUUGAUCUCAUGUCCAUCAUUCCAUUCUACAUCACCCUGGUGGUCAACUUGGUGGUGGAGAGUUCUCCCACCUUGGCCAACUUAGGCAGGGUGGCUCAAGUCCUCAGGCUCAUGAGGAUUUUCCGCAUCCUCAAAUUGGCCAGACAUUCCACUGGCCUUCGGUCUCUAGGGGCCACCUUGAAAUAUAGCUACAAAGAAGUAGGGCUCCUCUUACUCUAUCUCUCAGUGGGCAUAUCAAUAUUCUCUGUAGUGGCCUACACCAUUGAGAAAGAAGAAAAUGAGGGUCUAGCCACAAUCCCUGCCUGCUGGUGGUGGGCAACUGUGAGCAUGACAACUGUGGGCUAUGGUGAUGUUGUUCCAGGGACCACAGCUGGGAAGCUGACUGCUUCAGCUUGUAUCCUUGCUGGCAUUCUUGUGGUGGUGCUGCCAAUAACUUUGAUCUUCAAUAAAUUUUCACAUUUUUAUAGGCGACAAAAGCAACUUGAAAGUGCCAUGCGCAGCUGCGAUUUUGGAGAUGGAAUGAAGGAGGUUCCUUCAGUCAAUCUACGGGACUACUAUGCCCACAAAGUUAAGUCACUGAUGGCAAGUCUUACCAACAUGAGCAGAAGCUCACCAAGUGAACUAAGCUUAAAUGAUUCCCUACAUUAGCCUGAAGGUCAGGCUCCAUCAUAAUAGUCAAGACCAUACUGAUGGUUGAGCUCCUUUUGUGCUGCUGGCAAGGCUCCAGGCUCCAUAGGGUUACAAAGAGAGGAGAAGAUAAAGUCUUUCCCUUUCAGUACCUUACCAUUCUAAAUGGAAGGAGAUGCCUGACCAGUGUACCCCCACUAUUGCUUCUACAGCAUAUAGAAUCCUUGCUAUGGGGUGGGGUGACUAACACUAUAUCAACUUUGCACUGAGAAAAAUGCUAAACUUUGUGCCUGAUGAGUAUCCUGAAUGCCAGUUUUUCUAUACAAAUCGUCCAUCAUGUACCCAAUCCUGGUGUUCCUGGUACAAUGCUGUCAGUUUGCACUUUUGUUUUCAUGUUAUCAUGUGAGGAUUGGAUAAAAAGUGUGUCUCUCCAGUGGGAACACUUGUGAAGUCAGCAAUGAAAAACUCAGAUUUCAACUUACAAGAAUGUGAAAAAAAAUUUCAGUCAUGCAUUCAUUUCUCAAUUUACGUCAAUGCUCAAAACAGAAAAUGUGAAAUUAAGCACAUAUCACCAAUGCAACUUUCUGUUUUCUUAAAACUUAAAUUUUAGUUCUGUGACUUUGCAUGGGUGCAUAUCAUACUACUGUUAUUUAUGCAAAUAUUACCUCCCUGGAAAUCUAAUUUACUCAGUUUACACAUACACAGUGUCUAACUGAUCCUACUUCAAGAGCAAAAGCAUCGGGAAAUUACUGUUAGUCUAAAAUCAGGGACAGAUCUGAUCCUUAUGAGGCUCUCUGGGUUUUUUGAUGUGAAAAAAAAAAAGUAGUGAGUUUCUCAUUUCUGGAUGAUUGAAAGUAGAAGCUGGAUAUCCACUUGUUAGGAAUGACGUAGAGGGAUUUCUGUUACAGGAAUGGGUUGAAUGGGAUAAUCUCUAGGAUUUCUUUCAACUUGAAUUUCUUAUUCUUUAUUGAGAGUCACAAUCAUGAAGAAGGCAUCCUGUUUUCCUAAGAGUCUUUCCAAUGCGGAUCCUGUCUUGGGCCCAGUAUGCAUAGACCAAGAAUGAAAAGAUUUUUUUUCAGACUAUAUUCCAUGUUCUAAACAAUUUUACCAAAUAUUGCUGGGUCAUAGGAAUUAGCAAUUUUUUUAUUUGUCUUUUUUAAGAGUGUGGAUUUGGUUAUUCUGCCUCUUCUAAUUCCUAAGGGGUUUAUUUUAAUAUCUUAUAAAAGUAAAUAUUUCAUAUUUGAUAUGAAAGACAGUAGCUUGGAAACUAUCUUUCAGUAUUCUCCUCUGAAAUUUCAUUAAAAAUGAGCGCAUGCUUAUUUCAAAGCAAGAUUUUGCUUCUAGGAUUCAUAAUUUUUAUAUGAUACUAUAAUUACCUAGUAAGGGGCUUCCCUCUUUGCAAUGGGGAACUCAUGGAACAUAAGCAUGUACUCAGAAUACAGAUGAUAUAUGCAUGGAGUAGGCUGCAGGGAAAUAUUAUAUGUAUCUAUAUCUAUAUUUAUAUAUUGAAUUAACUGUCUUUGUUCUGGGAACAAGGUAGGGUUAAAAAUGGGGAAGGGAAAGAAGUGGGAAAAUUGAAAAGGAAAUAGAAUUAUAAAAUAUUACAACUAAUUACAAACUUUUAAAAAGUUUAAUGCUGCAUAAAGUACCUUGAAACUUUUAAGCCUAUUGAAAAAAGGUUAAAGGGGUACAUAUAUCCUACUUCCUGUGGUUCUCAGAAACUCCUUUCUGCUCUUUGCUCCCUGAUUACAGGAGCCCUGGGCUAUCACGUAAAAAUGUGGAUGGAAUACUGAGUCACUUUGUAUAACUGCUCUGUAUCUGUCAUAGUAUAUGUUGUGUGAUUGUUUCCAAAUUGACUUCUAUUGUAUGUCUUGUAAAGAUUGUGUCAAGUGACAUAAGCAUGGAGUUAGCCAGGCUCAGAUCCUUUAUUUUUAUGUGACUUUUACCUAAAUUACUGAAGUUUGUAUGACUUGAUUUCCUCACUUAAUAGAUGGGGUCCAUAUUAACCUCAUAGGACUGCUGUGAGGAACCGUUAGUAUCUGAAAAGAUUCACAAGAUGUCUAUGGGCUGAGUUACUGUUUUUUACUAAGGGAAUUUUGGCUUGAGUGAUUUUCUAAAUGCAUAUGCACUUCUGAUUGUAGAUGUAGGUUCAACUUCACUCAUCUGGACGGAGAUUCAUAGUAGGUCACCUCCCAAUAGCUAAUGGACAAUAUCUCUGCCUCUCUUUUGCUGUCUCUCUAUCUCUCUGUCUCAUUGUUUCUCUGUCUCUCUCUAUCUCUCUUUCUCCCUGAUUUUGUUCUACUCCUCUUCCUGUUUUCUCUUUCCUCUUACACACACACACUAUGAAAACCUGAAAAGACAGAGAUAACAGAUUGAGAAGUUUAGUGCUAUUUCAUAGAUGUUUGCAGUCAAAAUAUCUGACUCUAGCCAGUAUUUGCAGAGAUAAAAAGUCAACAGUUUACAAAAUCACCUCUAGAGUGGUUGAAAGGUAGGUGAUGGUAGCUGAUGUACCACGUGUGCCCAAGAAUGUUUUCACUUGCUAAAACCAAUUUUAUGGGGUUCCAUAUUGGGUAUUAAUUCCUUAUUAUAGGCUUAUCUGCAGGGAGGCAGGACAGUACUCAGUUGCUCUAGAUAGAAUAUUUUUUUCCAAACACUAUUUCAUUAUAAACGAUAAGGUGUUUCUGACAGUUGUAUCCAUUUUAAAUAAAAAAGCUGAAAGGUUCACAAUUCAUUGUGGAAACAAUUUGCAUUUAUAUGGUGCCUUUCACCUGAGGGAUAUCCCAAAGUGCUUUUAGAAAUUGUUUUUAACCUCUCAUAUUUAUUCAUGUAGAAAAGGACUUUGUUCCUUCCAGAAUCAGUAGUAAAUCUAAAAGAACAAGUUUAAUAAUGCUUUCUAAUAACCCAAAGUAAGUCUCAAAGCAGCAUGUCCAGAAGGAAGGAAGACAAACCUAUGUGGCUUCAAAAACAGAUUUCAUUUUAAAGAAUGACAAAUAACUUAAAUUAAUCUGGGACCCAGGGAAAAAUUGUUCUUCCUCUCUGAAAUGGCACCAUCAAAUCAUAAUGUCAACAUCUAGUUCAGACUUGGGCUUCCAAAUUCAUCUAUAAAAUAAUAUUUUAAGUAGAAAUCAUCUCCUCUUGUUACAAAACUUGAUUACAUUUCAGACUACAAAGGAAAAACUUCAUGAGGACUAUUUUCUGUUUCAUUUUUAUAGAGUGCUAGCUUUAGGCAUCAGCCCUGCCAAUCUGACCUACAAACCUGGUUUUUAAUUCCCAUUUAAAAUAAUUCAUCUAGAGGAAGAGCUCAGUUCACAAGACUGUUGUUUGGUAGAUGUUUUGGGGCAAAGAAAGAUUUUCUUUGCUAUGACAAACCUUUAAACUACUUGGAGCUUAUUUUGGAGGAAACAAAGGGGCCCUUUUUUUUAUUACACAGUACAUAUGGUGGCUUAGAAAGUUUUAAGUUGUCGAAAUGUCACUAUUCUGCCUGAGCAAAUUAUUUGGUUGACAUGGAUUAAAUGGUUUCAAAUUUGAGUUUUUCUUUUAAAAAAUCAACAAAAACAAAACCUAAUAAUAACAUCCCCAAGUUUCAUGGGUUUGCCACAAGACAGAGGCAUUUUGUAAUGCCUAACUAUAAACGGUUUGAAACCCAGAAGGUGAUAAUUGGUAAUUAAUACUUGGAUUUAUUUCUACUUGUCUUAUUAUUCAAAUAAUUUAACCACCUGCUAAUUCUCUUCUCAUUUAAAAAUUAUUUGUAUGUACUUUGGGUUAGUGAAUAUCUGUGCCGGCUGUUUGUUAUGUAUUUUAAAGGCUCAACUUGUAUUUCUUGUGUGUUUUAUCAGCAUGACCUGUUACAGAGUUGUAAUUUUAAAAAUUGAGAACGUUGUAUUUAUGAUGUCAGUUUUAACACUCAUUAACACACUACUGUGCAAGCAUUUACUGA